AUGCCGAGACCGAUACCCCCACGGAAGGUUAUCGAAAAUGAUAGACAGGCAUGGGAAGCACUUGGCAUCUUCGAACGACCUGAAGAUCAGGAUAUUAUGUUAGAGAUUAUCCUGCGAGUCUACGCUCCUAUUCAUAACAAUUACGUUUUUGAUGGAUACACCCCCGAGAACUUCUUGAGUACUAAAAAGUCAGAAAUGCUACUAAUGUUCCACCAUGAGAUUCCCAACGUCCCAGUGGCUGUAAGGGACCAUGUGCCAUAUGAACAUGAGCUUUGUUUACGUCUGUAUGAUAUUGUCCUGUACGGGCGAGCCACCGAUCCUGGGUGGCUGCAUAUUAUACCGGAAUGA